UUGCCUCGUGCAUCCACAAUAUGAAAACGUCCACAAAGCUAUAUGUUCGGAUAGGGUUUCUGUGUUUGAUAGCAGUGUUGGAUGGCAUGGUUGACAGUUGCAUGGGACCGGCACUGCGAGAUCUACAAUGUAUCUUCAAUGUGACACUACAGAAGGUCAGUCUGUUCAAGCCUGCCAUUACAGCAGGUAGGGUCAUCGGGGCACUACUGUUCUUGAAAAUUCCAGGUCGUGUCGACAUCUACGGAGUAGCAGCAGCUACUAUGACAAUGGCAAGCUGUCUCUUGGCCGUCGUUCCUGUACUACCCUCAUUUUGGAUGGCACUUGGAUUAUCGGGCGCAGUUGGAUUGGCUAAUGGAGCGUCAGUGCACGCAAGGAUUAUCCUCUCCGGGGAACUGAGUAAGCAGCAUGCUGCAACCAUUCACAUCAUCAACUUAGCUACGUCAGCAGGAUCCGUUACAGGGCCGUUGAUCAUUUCCCCAUUUCUAUCUGACAGUGUCGCACAAAGAUACACUAGGCAACAGCUUCCCCUCGACCUUCAGAAUGAUAUGCCACCUGCUCCCCUGGAUGCUGAAGAGCCUUCUCCACAUCCCCGUCAGGCAUGUGCCAAUGGUACACGUGGUUCACCGUCUUGA